ACAGCGGGACAGAGGAAUGGGAAAUGACGUAAGGAUUGCGGAGGGGCGCGAGGUUUCAAGAUGGCGGUAGCUGAGGGGUAGACCGAGAGGCCGAGUUGAAGGCCCUUACGAAGUGAAAGAGGCCAGGAAUCGCCCCCUGCCCGCUUCUCGUAGUCCUGGGAGCACAGCAGAAGUGUUUUUCUUUUUUUAAUGAACAAGUAAACCAUACAAAUUGUCAACAUGGGACGGAGAUCUACAUCAUCCACCAAGAGUGGAAAAUUUAUGAACCCCACAGACCAAGCCCGAAAGGAAGCCCGGAAGAGAGAAUUAAAGAAGAACAAAAAACAGCGCAUGAUGGUUCGAGCUGCAGUUUUAAAGAUGAAGGAUCCAAAACAGAUAAUCCGAGACAUGGAGAAACUAGAUGAAAUGGAGUUUAACCCAGUGCAACAGCCACAAUUAAAUGAGAAAGUACUGAAAGACAAGCGUAAAAAACUGCGUGAAACCUUCGAACGUAUUCUACGACUCUAUGAAAAAGAGAAUCCAGAUAUUUACAAAGAAUUGAGAAAGCUAGAAGUAGAAUAUGAACAGAAGAGGGCUCAACUUAGCCAAUAUUUUGAUGCUGUCAAGAAUGCUCAGCAUGUGGAGGUGGAGAGUAUUCCUUUGCCGGAUAUGCCACAUGCUCCUUCCAACAUUUUGAUCCAGGACAUUCCACUUCCUGGUGCCCAGCCACCCUCUAUACUAAAGAAAACCUCGGCCUAUGGACCUCCAACUCGGGCAGUUUCUAUCCUUCCUCUUCUUGGACAUGGUGUUCCACGUUUGCCCCCUGGCAGAAAACCUCCUGGCCCUCCCCCUGGUCCACCUCCUCCUCAAGUCGUGCAGAUGUAUGGCCGUAAAGUGGGUUUUGCCCUAGAUCUUCCCCCUCGUAGGCGAGAUGAAGACAUGUUAUAUAGUCCUGAACUUGCCCAGCGAGGUCAUGAUGAUGAUAUUUCUAGCACCAGUGAAGAUGAUGGCUAUCCUGAGGACAUGGAUCAAGAUAAGCAUGAUGACAGUACUGAUGACAGUGACACCGACAAAUCAGAUGGAGAAAGUGACGGGGAUGAAUUUGUGCACCGUGAUGAUGGUGAGAGAGACAACAAUGAAGAAAAGAAGUCAGGUCUGAGUGUACGGUUUGCAGAUAUGCCUGGAAAAUCAAGGAAGAAAAAGAAGAACAUGAAGGAACUGACUCCUCUUCAAGCCAUGAUGCUUCGUAUGGCAGGUCAAGAAAUCCCUGAGGAGGGACGGGAAGUAGAGGAAUUUUCAGAGGACGAUGAUGAAGAUGAUUCUGAUGACUCUGAAGCAGAAAAGCAAUCACAAAAACAGCAUAAAGAGGAAUCCCAUUCUGAUGGCGCAUCCACUGCUUCUUCACAGCAGCAGGCUCCGCCGCAGUCUGUUCCUCCUUCUCAGAUACAAGCACCUCCCAUGCCAGGACCACCACCUCUUGGACCACCACCUGCUCCACCAUUACGGCCUCCUGGGCCACCUACAGGCCUCCCUCCUGGUCCGCCUCCAGGAGCUCCUCCAUUCCUGAGACCACCUGGAAUGCCAGGACUCCGAGGGCCCUUACCCCGACUUUUACCUCCAGGACCACCACCAGGCCGACCCCCUGGCCCUCCCCCAGGUCCACCUCCAGGUCUGCCUCCUGGUCCCCCUCCUCGGGGACCCCCACCAAGGCUACCUCCCCCUGCACCUCCAGGUAUUCCUCCACCUCGUCCUGGCAUGAUGCGCCCACCUUUGGUGCCUCCCCUUGGACCUGCCCCCCCUGGGCUUUUCCCACCAGCUCCCUUGCCGAACCCUGGGGUUUUAAGUGCCCCACCCAACUUGAUUCAGCGACCCAAGGCGGAUGAUACGAGUGCAGCCACCAUUGAGAAGAAAGCCACAGCAACCAUCAGUGCCAAGCCACAGAUCACUAAUCCCAAGGCAGAGAUUACUCGAUUUGUGCCCACUGCACUGAGAGUACGUCGGGAGAAUAAAGGGGCUACUGCUGCUCCCCAGAGAAAGUCAGAGGAUGAUUCUGCUGUGCCUCUUGCCAAAGCAGCACCCAAAUCUGGUCCUUCUGUUCCUGUCUCAGUACAAACUAAGGAUGAUGUCUAUGAGGCUUUCAUGAAAGAGAUGGAAGGGCUACUGUGACAGCUUUUGAUGCCAGAACAGGCUUCUGUUCACAACAGUGGCCCAUGGAGAAAGAAGCUCUUAUUAAACUUAGAUGAAAGAGCUGCUUCCAUUGUCAGGGUAUUUUCUAAUUUCAUUUCAAGGAAUAUCCUAAAAUUUAGCCUUGUUCAGAAUUUACUGCACAUAAAAGAGGGUAUUUCAUCCAGAAUAGAUCAGUUAUUGAAGCAGUGCUGCUAGCAUCCAUUCCCUUUCACACCACCAUUUUCAUCCUGUUUCUUCCCCUCCUCCAGUUCUUUGGAAAUUUGUGAUCACAGGGGGAUCUUAGUUGCUUAUUUGUUUUGACUCUCUUGUGUGCUGUGGGCACUGGAGUAGAAAUUUUUGAAAAAAACAGUUUAUUUCAUCUUGCCUUUUGUGUUUGAGUUAUUUUUAAUAUUUUCCUGUAAAUAUUUUGUAAUAUUUUACUUGUAAUGAAAUGGAUCACAAUGUCAUUUCCUAAUACAAGGCAGGAUAUGUGGGAAGAAAAUGUACAAUUAUUUGAUUAAAAUUAUUUCCCACUGACCUAAACUUUCAGUGAUUCGUGGGAAAAAUAAAUAAAUGUUCUACACCAAGA